AUACAAUCUGUUAUACCUGAUCUCAUCAUACAAUCUGCUAUACCUGAUCUCAUCAUACAAUCUGCUAUACCUGAUCUAAUCAUACAAUCUGUUAUACCUGAUCUCAUCAUACAAUCUGCUAUACCCGAUCUCAUCAUACAAUCUGUUAUACCUGAUCUUAUCAUACAAUCUGUUAUACCUGAUCUAAUCAUACAAUCUGCUAUACCUGAUCUAAUCAUACAAUCUGCUAUAAAUGAUAUCAAUAUACAAUCUGCUAUAUCUGAUCUAAUUAUACAGCGUUAUACAGUCUGUGAUACCCGAUCUCAUCAUACAAUCUGUUAUACCUGA